GGGGAGAUGCAGUUUUCUAUGGGCAUCUACUUAAUGGGGAGGAAUCGGCCCACCCUCAACCUACACUGAGACAUCCACUGUUUACAAGCUGAGCUUACCUAUUCUUGGUGUUUGGGAGAGACAACAGCUGCAGCCAAGGGAAUGUAAUGACCCUUGACCUUAUUGACCCAUUUGACCGCCAUCCUGCUCAUGUGAUGGCCCAACAAGACAGACGACCGCUAGCCUUCUGACACCCGUACCUCAGGGACAGCUUGACCCAGCAGGAGCAGGAACCUGGCCAGAAGCUGCCUCCCAUUAGCAGAGGUGCCCGUGCAGUCACACAGAGCCCACUGGUCAUCACUUCAUCAUCCUCUUUUGAGCUACCCAGAGAGUGGAGGGUCUGGUAUGGACUCUGGCCCUCUAGACUGGCCAGUGGGUGACCGUCGUAGCGGAGACAUACACCUGCCUUUUAUCGCAGACUUGUACGAUAUAACUACAGGAAGAACCAGCACCAGACACGGCGUCCACUCACUCCCUCCUGCUCUCUCACAGCUGGACAACUCUGUUGGUCACAUCAAGGACAGGCUCAGGCUCUUGGCUAGAGAAAAGAUGGAAGUUUCAGAAGCCCGUGAGUUGCUCAAUCAUGACAGAGAAAUGCAAAACAGACUUUAUCAGACUGAGAUGCAGAGAAUGACCCAGAGAUUCGACAAAGAGAGGAAGCACACUCAAGCCUUGAGGGCCGCACACCAGGAAGAGGUGGAGAGAGCCCGACGAAGGCUGCGAGCUGAGCAGAUGGAAACUCUCAACGUUAAAUCUUAUUAUUUUUUUGUGACUCCAAGCUUGACACUGAGGUGGCUCAUACAACAAGGGAUAAAAUGGCUAUACUGGAUUUGUCACGGAGACUUCAGAACACACUGGAUCAGCACAUUGGCAAAAUAUGAUCAGAGCUUGUUUGACUUAAUGAGAAACAAAACUGACCAACAGAAACAAUGAAGGGUUAGAGAAUUGUAUUCCUUUGACUUUUGAUUUGAAGAGAAGCGUAUCAGUACAACAGUUGUGGUAAUAAAGUGCUGGAAAGAAAAAAGAAAGACAAAGGGAUAAAGAGUUUUGCUUGAGUUUAAAUGACUAGCAUAUCAAGACAUUUUAAAGAUAAAAAGACACUACGCAGAGACAGGAAAGAAUACCUUUCAAUGAAAUCUGAUAGACUAGAAGUUUUGAGUGAUGUUAUGGUGCUUUCUUUUGCAUGCAGCAUACAUGCAUAGUGAAACUCUUUCAGUCACUCAACCACACUGACCCAGUAAAGGAAUUAUUGCUGGUUAGCAUUGAACCCAUGAUACAGUUGAGGCCACAUAUAUAUUAUAUUUGUAACGAAAUAGAUUCGAAAAAAAUGAAUUAUUGUUUAAAAUGAAUUACUGCUUUCGUCCUGAUGUUUCCACUGUUUAAAAUUGAAGUGGGUAAUACGAGUGCUAUGGACCAAUGGAAAGUGAACUUUUUGUAGUCAAUGCCUCCCCACCCCUGGUUUCAGCCCCUUACAGAAUCAACAGACGGAAACAAAAGUAGGACCUAUCAGUGGCGCCUUCCAACCACUUUCUGGAAGUAGAAGACAAAAGCUGGUUACCGAUUGAGGAAUGAUGACUGUACUGCACGUACAUACCUAUUGUAAUAAAAAUUAUACACUUACAUUCUCCAGAGCUUUCUGACUUAAAGGACUGAAGGGAUAUUGGAUUGCCCCUUCAGACAAGAUGUCAGUGCCACAUCAGCAUGACACUGUUAAUGUUAUUUGAAAACAUAAUUCUCCCCUUUCUAUUUUUUUCUUGUUAUGGGAGCAGGCAUGAUUAUGCUAAUAGUGUGAAUAUAAUGGCGAAUUAUAUUGAUUUUUGGUUUUCAUAAGCAGCCUCCAUCUUCUUUUUCCGUGAAUACUCCAAAAAUUACACAUGCAAAAUGAUUGAAUAAUAAAAUCUAUCAAGCUUA